GCUACCGCUGAGGAAGAUGCCGUCGGUUUCGAAAGCGGCUUCUCGAGGUGGCGGGUCCGGUGGGUCUCCGCAGACAGAGCAGCCGACGCACUAUACGUAUCUAAAGGACUUUAGGACAGAGCAGUGCCCCCUAUUCUUGCAGCACAAGUGUACCCAGCACAGACCAUUUACCUGUUUUCAUUGGCAUUUCCUAAAUCAGCGUCGUCGUAGACCCAUUCGAAGGCGUGAUGGGACUUUUAACUACAGUCCAGAUGUGUAUUGUACAAAAUAUGAUGAAACCACAGGAAUCUGUCCAGAUGGAGAUGAUUGUCCUUAUCUGCAUCGAACAACAGGGGAUACAGAAAGAAAAUAUCAUCUCAGAUAUUACAAGACUGGAACAUGUAUUCAUGAAACAGAUGCUCGGGGCCACUGUGUGAAGAAUGGACUCCACUGUGCCUUUGCUCACGGGCCUCAUGACCUUAGACCACCAGUAUAUGAUAUAAGGGAACUCCAGGCACAGGAAGCCUUACAGAAUGGGCAGCUAGGAGGUGGAGAAAACAUCCCUGACCUACAGCCAGGAAUUCUAGCUAGCCAAGCAAUGAUUGAAAAAAUUCUUAGUGAGGAUCCGAGGUGGCUGGAUACUAAUUUUGUAUUAGCUGGCUACAAGACAGAACAAUGCACCAAACCCCCCAGACUCUGCCGCCAGGGUUAUGCAUGUCCCCAUUAUCACAACAACCGAGAUAGAAGACGGAAUCCCAGAAAAUUCAAAUACAGGUCUACUCCUUGCCCCAGUGUAAAACAUGCAGAUGAGUGGGGUGAACCUUCCAAGUGUGAAAAUGGGGAUAACUGUCAGUAUUGCCAUUCUCGUACUGAACAGCAGUUCCAUCCUGAGAUUUACAAAUCUACAAAGUGCAAUGACAUCCGCCAAACAGGUUACUGCCCGCGGGGUCCAUUUUGUGCCUUUGCACAUGUUGAAAAGGACACCAUGAAUGUAGUCAUACUGCAAACUGGUUGUCAAUCAAAGCCAGGCGCUCAUCUGUUUUCAGCAGACAGCAUAGGAAUUGCAAAUGAAUGGAGCAGCAGUCUUAACUCCACAAACAGCAUUACAAAUAACAAUGGGCAAUCUGAAAAUAUUUCCUGUGCCUCAAGUCCAACAGUAAUGUCAAGCUCUGGUAGCUGUAGCUCAUUAUCGCCUAUUGGACCCCUUUGUAGGCAAAGAUCAUUAGCAAAUGGUGCUUUGUGUUCCGAGUGUAGCCCAUCAGGUGUUUCUUCACCAAAUUCUAGCUACCCAAAAGCACCAGGUUUUGAACGAGAGGAUCAGGUGAAACAGAAAAGCCUGCCAGCCGACAAUUAUCAGAAAAUAAGUGAACAAGACAAUAAGCAGAACCAUCUCAGUGUUUUUUCAGUGGUUAAUCCACUUGCUUCAAGUAUAACCUCCAGUAUAACUUCUAGUCUGGCUUCCAGUAUUGGAUCAGAUAAUUCAUCCCCAACAGCUCUCUCAGUUAUCAGUGCCAAAGCUCUCCCAUUCUACUCUGGCAGUAAUACAGUUGAAUCAGUUAUAGGUUCUGCUUUAGAUCUACAUUUUAGUGAUAUAAAUGUUGCAUCCUUAGAUCAAGAAUUAGAAGAUCAAGAAAACAGUGACCUUGGAUUAACAAGUCAAAGGUUACUGGGAAGUUCAGCUCCUGUCAAUAUUCCAGGUUCUGUUGCUCGUUCCUCAUCUUUACAUUCAUCAUCUUCCCUUUCAACCUCUCCACUCAGUUCUCUUUCACAGUCGUUGUCUCAGUCUUUUAUUUCAUCCACUAUGGCUCCUCACCAACAGCAGACUCAGCCUUUGAAAUCAGAACAUAGUAUGUUAGGCACUUCAGCCUCUUCUCAUAACUCUUUAGGUUUAAAUGGUGUUACAGGGAGCAUUUGGGACUUCAUAACUGGGAGUUUCUCUCCUAGUCCAUCCCCAAUAUUGAACAGUGGUACUAUACCCUCAACAAACUCAAACACCAGUGGAAGUGAAUUAGCUCACAUUAGACAGGAACUUGAUGAUGCCAAUCGAAAAAUAAAACGAUGGGAAGAUUCUUGGCAACAAGUAAAGCAGGCAUGUGAUGCAUGGCAAAAAGAGGCCCAAGAGGCAAAGGAACGUGCUAAAGUGGCAGAUGCUGACAAAAAAAUAGCUCUUCGGAAAAAAGAAGACUUAGAAAAUAAAUUAAAAAAGCUGCAGGAACAAUUUGAUAUGUGUCUGUCCACUACAGUACUCCAUAUGAAAAGCUAUGGCGAUAUAAAAAAGAUACCAUUACCAAAGCUUCAUUCUUUACAAAACCAACUGCGUUUAGAUUUAGAAACAGUAGAUGGGGUAAUUUUCCAACUUCAUUCAAAGAAAUGUGUUGUAUGCCAAGAACAUGACCGUAGUGUAAUCCUGCAGCCAUGUCAACAUUAUGUACUUUGUGAACACUGUGCAGCUAAACAACAGGAAUGUCCUUGCUGCAGGACGAAAAAAAGAAAUGGUGACGAAAAGUCAUGGUACUUAUAA